GGCUGCGGUCCUCUCCUGCUCCAGAAGCGCGGGGAGGCGGAUUCACUGUUCGGUCCAGGGAAGACUCAGGUCCCAAAGUCGGACUAUCACCGAACCGGAUCUUGAAGCCAGGGAUGAACCAGUGGCAAAACCUUCAGGGUAUCCGGGGCGCCAUGGAACCCGGUGCGGUUGUGGAUGCCGUGGAGACGGGGAAGGAAGACGUAAUUAUGGAGGCUCUGCGCACGUACAACCGGGAGAACUUCCAGAGCUUCACGUUUGAUGAUGCCCAACAGGAGAACAGGAAGAGACUGGCGGAGCUGCUAGUGUCCGUCCUGGAGCAGGGCUUGCCACCCUCCCACCGCGUCACCUGGCUGCAGAGCAUCCGCAUCCUGUCCAGGGACCGCAGCUGCCUGGAUACUUUCACCAGCAGCCAGAGCCUGCAGGCACUCGCCCGCCACGCUGGCAUCUUCAUCUCCGAGGGGUCAGUUUCUGAGCCCCUAGACAUGGAUGUCGUGCUUGAAUCCCUCAAGUGCUUGUGCAACCUUGUGCUCAGCAGCCCGGUCGCACAGAUGCUGGCAGCGGAGGCCCGCCUGGUGGUGAGGCUCGCAGAGCGCGUGGGGCUGUCCGACGAGAGCAGCUUCCCACAUGACGUCCAGUUCUUUGACUUGCGCCUCCUCUUCUUGCUGACGGCACUUCGCGUGGACGUGCGCCGGGAGCUGUUUCAGGAGCUGCAGGGCGUGCGCCUGCUGACCGAUGCACUGGAGCGAACGCUGGGCGUGAGCCCCAAAGGGAGAGCCCCGGAGCUCCUUCCUCCUCCGGAGGCUGAGCGGGCCAUGGAGGUCCUCAAGGUGCUCUUCAACAUCACCUUUGACUCCGUCAAGAGGGAGGUGGACGAGGAAGAUGCUGCCCUUUACCGGCACCUGGGUACCCUUCUACGACAUUGUGUGAUGGUCGCUGCUGCCGGGGACCGCACAGAGGAGUUCCACGGCCACACAGUGAAUCUCCUGGGGAACUUGCCCCUCAAGUGUCUGGACAUCCUCCUCACGCUGGAGCCACAUGAAGGCUCCCUGGAGUUCCUGGGAGUGAACAUGGAUGUGAUCCGUGUCCUCCUCAGCUUCUUGGAGAGGCGUCUGAACCAGACACACAGGCUGAAGGAGAGCGUGGCACCCGUGCUGAGUGUGCUGACCGAGUGUGCCCGCCUGCACCGCCCCGCCAGGAAGUUCCUGAAGGCCCAGGUGCUGCCGCCACUGAGGGAUGUGAAGACCCGGCCGGAAGUGGGGGAGCAGCUGCGGAACAAGCUGGUUCGCCUCAUGACGCACCUGGACACCGACGUGAAGAGGGUGGCCGCAGAGUUCCUGUUCGUACUGUGCUCUGAGAGUGUGCCCCGUUUCAUCAAGUACACGGGCUACGGCAAUGCCGCCGGCCUCCUGGCUGCCCGGGGCCUCAUGGCAGGCGGCCGGCCUCAGGGCCAGUACUCGGAGGACGAGGACACGGACACGGACGAGUACAAGGAAGCCAGGGACAGGAAAUGGGUUUCUUGCCAGCCUGGGCACAAGCGGGCCGAUGUGGGACUGCACCACUGCAGGCAGCCCCUCCUGCUUGGAGAGCCACUAACGCGUUCUCCAUGCCUCCUCUCUGGGAGCAGCAUAAACCCGGUGACUGGGAGGGUGGAAGAAAAGCCACCCAACCCCAUGGACGGCAUGACGGAGGAGCAAAAGGAGCACGAGGCUAUGAAGCUGGUGAACAUGUUCGACAAGCUCUCCAGGCACAGAGUCAUCCAGCCCAUGGGAGUGAGUCCUCGGGGGCAGCUGACGACCCUGCAAGACGCAGUGAGUGAGAGCAUGGAAGGGCAGCUCUCCUCGGACCCCGCCUCAGACCCCGACUGAAGACGGCCGCUCUCGCGCUCCCCUUCAGAACCGGUGCUGCUCCCAGGAUGUUCCUGGGGCCGUGACCUGGGGACGUCACAUUCCUCUCUGGCUUGGAGACCUCUUUCUCUUUGCUCCCAAAGUUUUGUUCAUGAUCCGCCUCUGGUCCGAUUUGUUAUUUCUGGGAUGGUACGGGUCUUGUGCUGCUGUCACUGGAAACUCGGCUUCUUCAACCAGAGCCAAGAGGACGUGCGCAGAGGCUGCCGCCUACAGACACGGCUUAGUGGGACUCGGCCAGCGUGCAUUUGGGAAGGCGGGCUGAGUGUGGAUGCACGCAAGCUGGCAGGCUGGCAGGCUGGCAUGCUGGCCUGGAGCUGGCAGGUCGGGCAAGCGCUGCAUUUCAAAGGGAGAGGAACCUGCUGUGACUUCUCAUGCUGACGUCAGAAACAUUCUUCUGUGGUGUGCGCUGAUUUUGUCCCCAUUGAGCACAGAGCUGGAGGCCUAUUCUGCAUCCUCGGUCCUGCCUCAGCCACCUGCUGUAGGGUCCACAGUGCCCGCAUCCUCACCGGUUGUGACGGUGGAAUCUGUCUUUCCCACUGGCGUGGAUCAUAGAUUCACGAAGGAAAAUGCUGCACGUGAAACCUUAAAUCUGUAUCACGUCUCACAAAGUAUCACAAAUAUCCUGGAGUAGUUUCAAGCAAGAAAGCGCGUGUGUGUGAAAGUGUGUGUGAAAUAUCAAGUAAAGGCACAUUAAGUAAAGGUAAAA